CUUCCGCACUUGGACAUUUUGUUCUAAUAGGCUCAUUCAUGUGUUAUGGUCAAUCUUCAUCGCAAGUUUACCGAAUGAGUUAAUGAGCACAUUCUACUCGAAUUCUUUUUUGCUCUAUAUGUGGAGGAGUUGAAAAUAAACGAUGUCGUUAUUGUGGGAUCUGAAUAGGACUAUACCCGAAAUUUUCGAGGGCAAAAGUGUUUUCAUUACAGGUGGUAGUGGUUUUAUCGGUAAAGUUCUGAUAGAGAAACUUUUGAGGUCGUGUCCUGGCAUUAAAAAUAUUUACGUCUUGGUGAGGCCAAAGAAGAAUAAAAAUAUUCAGGAGAGGGUCGAAGCUCUCUUCGAUGUACCUUUAUUCGAUCAACUGAAGGCAGAUAAUAUUGCAAUCAUCAAAAGAGUUAUUGGGGUUGAAGGAGAUAUCACAAAGGUCAAUCUUGGAAUGAACGAGAGUGAUACCACGAUCAUUCUAGAUAACGUUUCGAUAAUAUAUCACAUCGCAGCCUCUGUGAGAUUCAACGAUUUCUUGAAAUCUGCCAUUUUUGCCAAUACCCGAAGCACUAGAGAAGUCAUUUCAUUGGCCAAACAAUGUGCAUCAUUGGAUGUAUUCGUCUACUGUUCUACAGCGUACAGCAAUUUCGAUCAGCACGUGAUAGAAGAGAAGGUGUAUCCCCCCAUCCAUGAUUGGAGGAUAGCGAUAGAAAUGGCUGAAACAUACGAUGACAUGACCCUACAAGUAUUGACAGAAAAAUUCAUCAAUCCAUUGCCAAAUACGUAUACUUUCACUAAACGAAUGGCAGAGCAACUUGUGAUAGAUUUGUGUACUAAUCAAAUCCCAGCAAUUAUAACAAGACCGUCCAUCGUUCUACCAAGCUCGAAUGAUCCUAUAGAUGGUUGGGUGGACAAUUUCAAUGGACCCAUGUCUAUCAAUCUAUUGGCCGGAAAAGGAUUGGUGAAGGUGAUCUAUGGUGAUGAAGAUAGUGAGCAAGAUUAUGUUUUCGUUGACAACACAGCAAAAAGUUUGGUGAUAGCAGCUUGGAAAAAAAUCAUCCAGACAGAUAAAUCCAAAAUUGAAGUAUACAACAUCGCAUCGGAUAUGAAUUCCACCAAUAAAUUCAUGAGAGAUGAAGGCAAUAAAAUAAUUUCAAAAAAUCCACCAGAAUCAUACUUAUGGGCCGCAGAUGCUGCAUUUGUGAAGAGUUCUGAUGUAUUCUUCAUCGCAACAUUGAUAUAUCAUCUCAUGCCUGCCAUCAUUUUGGACUUGAUCAUGCGUUUGACUGGAAGAAAGCCGAAAUUUUUCAAGAUUUAUCGAAUGUUCUAUGUAGCAAACCUAGCCUUGUAUAUAUUUAUGUCAAAGACAGUUGAUAUCAGAUGCGAAAAUUAUGUCGCACUGGAAAACUCUUUACUGAAAUACGACAGACGGUCAUUUUCGUUCAUCGAUUCCCGCGUACGACCAAAUUCGACAGGAACAAAAGAAGGGUACACCGUUUUCUGGAGAGGCAUUAAACAAUUCUUAUUGAAUGAGAAAGCUCAUGCAACUGAAUCAGAGAUAAAAAAAUAUGAAUGGGUGAUGUUUCUACAGAAGAUGGUUUUUCUUGCUGUCAAAGGAUCUAUUAUCUACUUCAUCCUAUUGAGGUUAUUCUCAGCUUCGAUCACCUCUCAAGUUAAUGGAAUUACGGAUAUCUAGUUCAUUUACAAAAAUGGAUGUCCAUGAAUAAGCAGCUUCAGAAUAUCAUAAUGAAUAUAAAUUAAGAAUUAAUUUAGAAUUUGUGGUCAAGUU